AUGAGAGGUGGAAAAGUGUGCAGGGAGCUGAAUACACAGUCCAGCCUUGAGAGUGGAACCGGUGACUUCUUGUGUUGUGGUUGUUUAGCCACGGUUGUUUGCACAGUUUAGCCAGACUUAAGGCCAAAAAGUUAAAAGAUGUGUCCUGUGCUUGUACUGUGAUUGUUCUUCACUCAUUGGGUUUUUUUCUUUUAAUUUAGGUUAGACUAUAGAUCCAAGAGCUUGUUCCACCCAGACCGCUUAAGUCCAGAGGCAAAGAAAAGAUUGUUGGUUUUGAAUGGGAAGAAGCAAACUUUCAUCCAUUUACUUGGAAGCGUGUUCUGUUGAGACUGGCAAGAAAUCUACCCACAGUUUGUUUCAUCUAGGUUUGGCUCAACACCCGGAAGAGAAGUGAAAAACUGUCUUCUCAAUGGAAGAUGACAGCAAACCUGAGCAGAGCCCCUGGGCUUAUCUACCAGAUGUCUGUCUGAGGCAUGUCUUCCAUUGGUUAGAUGACAGGGACAGAUCUCACGCUGCCUUGGUCUGUAAAAAAUGGAAUUGGGCCAUGCACUCGGGAUCCCUCUGGAGAAGCAGAACCAUCACAUUCUGUGGCCAACCAUCAAGGGAAGACACACUGGAGUUGCAACGUGCACUGUGGUAUGUCAAGAAAUUUGCCAAGUAUUUGGUGUGCCUUGAGAUAAGGUUGUGGAAUCCUUACAAUACUGCCUUUACCCGAAAAUUUCAAGUGACUCUCAGAGGUCUUUUUUCACACCUGGUUAAGCGUAACAAUUGCCUAGUAUCCCUGAGCAUCAAGUACCUGGCAUUAGACCGCUUGAUCUGGAGAAAUGUGGUCAGGGCUCAGUUUCUCAAGAACUUAGCUACUUUUCUGAAAAGAGUGAGCAAACGGCUUGAUUAUCUCAACUUAAAAGGAGCAAGAGUAACCUUGGAAGAAGGCUGUGAGCUUCUGAAUUCUCUGAGCUACUUGACAAAUGAAAGCUUUUUAUCUGAAAUCAAUAUUGAAGAUUUCUUCAGUCUCCAUCUUCCUGUCUACAGCAGCACCUUGUUCCACCAAUCUAUGUCCAAGUUCCAUAGCCUGGUCAUCCUGACCUUCAACUAUAACUGCAUCUCUGAUGAUCUGCUGAAUAUCCUUGGGGAGCACAGCGCUCAUUCCCUGUGCACUUUGAAUAUCAAAUGUCAUAUCCAUGACCCUCAUGAGCAAGUGAUCCGGGGCGUGUCAUGGGCAAACUUGGCCAAGAGAGCCCCAAAACUGAACGUGAACAUCUUCUUUGAAAGAGUCAUGAAGCAUGAUCACCUAGCCAGGAUCCUGCUAGUGGAGAUCCCAGUCAGGAGCAUCAGUCUGCGGAGCUGCUAUUUCACUCACCCAGACUGGACAAUGCGACCUACCCUUACCAACCUCCUCCCAGUCUACUGGCAUGUCCUGCAGAAAUUAACACUUGAAUUAAACAAUGACCAUGAGCUGUUGGACGAUGAGCUGCUACAGCUUAUCUUAUCAUGCAAGAGGAUGUUAUUUCUGAAAGUCUGGGCUUUUUUAAGUGUCACCUUUGUGGAGAGGCUGCUACAAAACCGUGCAGAAGGGAAAUGCAUUUUGACUACUAUAAAGGUCAGGAUUUACACAGCCCGACAAGAGACCAGUGAAGAGGAUUUGAUGUUGUGCAAUAUUUACAGGAAGUUCAAAUACCUGAUUGACUCAGAGCUUAAUUAUUUUGUCAUCACCUACCCAAUGGUGUAAACCACAGGAUGAGAGAAGAACAUCUGCAAGCAAUGGACAGAUCCAUUAGUAAGGGAUUUGAAUCUUGACAUCAGUGCCUCUGAAAGGGAGACACCAUCACAGUAA